AUGGCGGCUGUGUCAAGCGGAGGUACUACUGGGUCCGCUGCGGCCGGGAUUACGCACCCUACCCGAACGUCUCACGCAGUCAUGGGCCCACAGAACCGACCCCAGCCAUCCUCCGGCAUUAGCCACUCCAGUCCCCCCAGUUCGGCCACUGGGUGCAUCACCAAUCCCGGCCACACUUCGGGCACAAGGCCCCCCCCAGCCCGUGUGGGCCACUACGAAAUCGAGCGGACCAUCGGCAAGGGAAAUUUCGCGGUUGUUAAACUAGCCACACAUGUCAUUACCAAAGCAAAGGUGGCUAUAAAAAUUGUGGACAAGACACAGUUGGAUGACGAGAACUUGAAGAAGAUUUUCCGAGAGGUGCAGAUCAUGAAGCUCCUGAAGCAUCCCCACAUCAUCCGGCUCUUUCAGGUGAUGGAGACAGAAAGAAUGAUCUAUCUCGUCACCGAAUACGCCAGCGGCGGAGAAAUAUUUGACCAUCUGGUGGCUCACGGGCGAAUGGCAGAAAAGGAUGCAAGGAAAAAGUUCAAACAGAUUGUGGCAGCUGUCCAUUUCUGCCACUGCCGCAACAUUGUGCACAGGGACCUGAAGGCCGAGAACCUGCUGUUGGACCACAACCUAAACAUUAAAAUAGCAGAUUUUGGUUUUAGUAACCUAUUUUCUCGAGGCCAACUUUUAAAAACCUGGUGUGGCAGCCCUCCGUACGCUGCACCAGAGCUGUUCGAGGGCAAAGAAUAUGAUGGACCUAAAGUAGAUAUAUGGAGUUUAGGCGUGGUGUUGUAUGUGUUGGUGUGUGGAGCCUUACCUUUCGAUGGCAGCACUCUACAAAACUUGCGAGCACGAGUCUUGAGUGGAAAGUUUCGCAUCCCAUUCUUUAUGUCCACAGACUGUGAGUACUUGAUCAGACACAUGUUGGUGUUGGAGCCGAGCAGACGGUUGUCCAUGGAGCAGAUCUGUAAGAAUAAAUGGAUGAGACAAGGAGACCCUGAUCCAGACUUUGACCGGCUAAUAGUUGAAUGUGAACAAGUGAAGACGGAGCGCGAUACUGAGCUCAUAAAUGAACAGGUUCUUAUAGCCAUGUGUGAAAUGGGCCUGGACAGAGAACGCACAAUUCAGUCUCUGCAAACAGAUGCCUAUGAUCACUACAGCGCCAUCUACAGCCUGUUGGCCGAUCGCCUCAAGAAACACAAGACACUGAGAGUGGCUCCACCAACACCACGGCAGAUUGGUUAUCCUCUCAAUUCUGUUCCGACAGACCCACAAGGUAAUCCAGUUAGCAUGACCGUCCCCCAAGUCCAGCUUAUCAACCCAGAGAACCAGAUAGUGGAGCCUGAUGGUAACAUGACUCUGGACAGCGAUGAAGGGGAAGAACCUUCUCCAGAAGCAAUGGCUCGAUAUCUGUCCAUGAGGAGGCACACUGUGGGGGUUCCAGACCAAAGGACGGAGGGACAGGAAGAUCUACAGAAGCUGCCUCCUGGUUUCCCUCGAGGGGUGGUCCCACAGCCGCCCUUCCCCACUCUGGCUCCCACAAUGGGGCAAAUGCACACGCUCAUGCCCACACAGAGCCUGCAGCCCACACAGCAGCUGGAAUACAAGGAGCAGUCCUUACUGCAGCCGCCCACCCUGCAGCUGCUCAAUGGCAUGGGUCCGCUUGGGCGCAGAGCCUCCGACGGUGGGGCCAACAUUCAGCUUCAUGCACAGCUCCUCAAAAGGCCUCGGGGCCCGUCUCCUCUGGUCACCAGUCCUGUGGGUCACCCAAUUCCGGUGGCUCCGGUGGAUGAGGAGGGCUCAGAUGGGGAGCCAGACCAGGAGGCAGUGCAGAGGUACCUGGCGAACCGCACCAAGCGGCACACGACGCACACGCCCAUGAGCACAACGCAUGGCGAGCCCUCUGCAGAUGCACAGCGGCCCCAGGGCCCCCGGCAGAGGCCACUGUGGGCCACCGACACACACAUUCGGUCAAAUUACAAGGAUACUCUUCAUCUGCCCAUGGAGCGCUUCUCUCCUGUCCGGAGGUUCUCAGACGGAGCUGCCACCAUCCAGGCCUUCAAAGCCCAACUGGAGCACAGCAGCCUCAUCAAGCAACUCAAGCAGGAGUGUGAGCAGCUACAGAAGAUGUACGCUGCACAUCAGGACCAGAAGAUCCUAGAGCACACCCAGCAGCAGCAUAUUCUUUACCAGCAAGAGCAACAGCAAAUCCUCCACCAGCAAAUCCAGGGUCUGUCUUUAGGCCACGGAGAGAGCCAGCCCAGUCAUCUAACCCACCAGCUGCAGAGGCUCCGCAUCCAGCCCUCCAGUCCUCCUCCAACUCACCCCAGCAACCAUCUCUUCAGACAGCCCAACCAGAGUCCUCCGCCUGGCUCUGCAGCCUUAAUGCAAGGACAUGGAGGUCCGUCACCGGUGCAGUACGGAGCCCCAGCACUUUACCAGGGCCAGAGUGGAAGCCCGCCGCCCACAGCUUUACCACGAGUGUCUCUGCCAGCCAAUCAGCAGGCAGUGUCCGCCCGCCCCACAGUCCCACUGGCACAGGGGGUACCUCAGCAACAGCAGGUGACGAUCCAGGUGCAGGAGGUGGAGCUGGGGGGUGGGGCUCAGCGGCCGGGCAGUUUCCUGGCAACUCCGUGUGGACACAGAGUCCUGGGGAAACAGCUCAGUGCCGACAACGCUGAGACACACAGUCGCAGUCUGGGCCGCUUCACUUCAGCCUACGACCAGGCCCAGUUCAACCCUCAUCUCUUCUCCGGAGACCCUGCCUCUCGAGGUGCUUCUGGGGUGGUGGGUUCCUACAGUCCGUACCUCCAGGGCACCUCCCUCAACGUUCCGGGGCUGGAUGGGUACCAGAGCGGGGCCGUGGGUUGCAACUACGGCGCCCCCUCCGCACUACAACAAGCUCUGCUCUCGCCCACCCCCAUAGACUACCGCCCCCCUCAACAACACGUCACCCCCACUCUGCAGGGCCUGCUCUCGCCGCGGCAUUCGUUAACGGGACACGGAGACAUCAGGCUGAACCCGCACGACUUGGCCGCACUGUUGAAGAGACAGAGCCCGCGAUCCGGCCCGGCUCCGCCCACGCCCCCCAGUGCCACGCCACAGGAGUAUGGGGAGAUGCUGCUUCUGCGCCAGCUCAGCCAAGGGGAGAGCCUAGAGCCGCCCGCCCCCCAGCCCGCGUCCGGGAACCAACACUAUCAUCACCUGCUGCAAAUAAGACCCCCAGACCUGCCGCCUCAGUCUCUCCCCACACAGCCCGGCCUGCCCCAUUCCGAGAGCAUGGAGGAGGACGAUGUGCCUGCGGCCUUCCACCACCCACACCAGGGGCUGCUGGCCAAAGCAGGAGAAGGCCAUGAACUACUGGGCCCUCAUCGAGGCGGGACCCCCCCAUACACCUCUCCCACACACAACCGUGGAUACAAUAGGAAUACCCCAGCAACUAUAGAAUCGGAGCAUCAGGACUGUCGAGCCGGGGGGCAGGCCAUGGAGGUCCCCGAUCAUAACGGUGUGGGCUUCUCCAGAGGGCAGCAGGGUGACGCGUAUAGGUCCCGUGGACAUCUUCAGCGCCACCACACCAUUCAGACGGCAGACGAUGCUUACGACCAGGCAGAUCCCAUGUCGGGGAUGAGUCUUUUGGCCGGGAAAGCCCUCAGCUCGGCGCGCAUGUCUGACAUCCUCAGCCAGACGUCGCUGACAGGAAGCCAGCAGCUACACCAGCGCGAGGAGUCGGUGUGUGAUGUCGAAGGAGAGCUGCAUGCGGCGGCUGCGGCGGCUUGUUACCCCUCGUCCUGCACCACAUGGAGCAGGCCGGGGUCUAGCAUAGGUGGUUGUCUCUCCUGUGCGUUGUGGUCCACAUCAGCCAUCCUGAGUUGA